AUGCAUUGGCUGUGUAAGUGUGUUAUCGGCUUGGCGGUAUUGGCCACCACUACCUGGUCAGCGUCACUGCCGAGCGUAGCACAGAAAUGUGUGCCCCCCGGACCGGGGCUGUCACUGAACGACUUCCUUUCCGGGAAGUUUUAUCUGUUCGAAAGGCAACAGGAAUUCAGCAUCAAGCUCUUGCAAACCGCCGUGACUGCUUCGCCGAAGCAGAACUUGAUAUUCUCGCCUCAUAGCAUAUACACGGCUCUUUUGAUCACUUAUUUCUUAAGUAACAAUGAAACGGAAGAGACCUUAAAGCGUUUCCUCAAUCUACCACCAGAACAGGGCAAACUGAGCGUGAUGCAAGCAUACCGUAUGGAGAAAUUGUUCCACUCGAUGAGGGUCCUGAACACCAGCGCUGAUUACGAUUUCAGCUCGGUGGAUCGUCUGUUCGUUUCUCAGAGACUUCCGAUACAAAAGUGCAUUGCUGACGUAUUCAAAGAUGAGGUUCACAAAAUGGAUUUCGUCGUCGAUCCCGAACUUGCUCGGAUGUACAUAAAUAACUGGGUGACCAACCAGACCAACCAGCAAAUCAAGGACCUGUUACCCGAAGGAAAAAUCUCGUAUGAGACAAGACUUGUGCUGGCAAACGCAGCGUACUUCAAAGGCUUUUGGAGCUCGAAAUUUUCCUCCGAAAGUACGAAAGAUGAGGUAUUUUAUACGUCACCAACCGAAAAUGCGUAUGUUCCGAUGAUGUGGCAAUCUGGCGUUUUCAAUUUACUGAGCUCUGACGAGUUGGGUGCACAUGUACUGGAACUCCCAUAUAAAGGCGGCGAUGUCAGUUUGUUUGUGAUCCUACCACCUUUCAACAAACAGCGUGGAAUUAGUCAGCUUAGUAAGAGGCUCAAUACGAAAAUUUUGCAAAACAUUGUUUCGUCAGGUGAAUGGACAACGCGGCCCGUAGAGGUGUCUCUGCCCAAAUUUAACAUCGAACAGAGUAUGGACAACCUUGUGCCGAUACUGGAGCAAAUGGGAAUCGGAAACAUGUUCAAAGGCAACGUUGACUUGUCGGCGUUAACCGGUAACGCAAACGACGUGACCAUCGACGAUGCUGUACACAAGGCAAAAAUAUCCGUAGACGAAGAAGGUACGAUUGCUGCGGCAGCAACGGCGUUCAUAAUGUCCCGAUCAUCCAGGCCAGUGGAGCCUUUCAAGUUCCGGUGUAAUCAUCCGUUUAUCUACUUCAUAUUUGAUAAGGUCACCGGGUCGGUACUGUUUAUGGGCGUUUACAAUUCCCCGAAAUCUAAUUAGGUUAUAGGUUAUGUACGUCGUCAGACGAGUUGUGUAGACGUGUCGUGCACUAAGGGAUACGAUUAAUACGAGACACGGUGUAGAAUUGUAAAAGACAACCUAUAUAUUAUGAUCGUUGGCUUAUUAUAACGUACUUUUAAGAUGUAAAUAUUCAUACACGUUUUAGGUUUACUAUCAUUAUUAUUAUUAUUUGUAUAUAUAUUAUUAUGUUGUAUUCUAAUUUUACGCCAAUUGCUUUUAAUUGGAUGUCGGUAUAUUGUCCUGUAAAACGAAGAACGUAGAGACGUUCGCGACUGUACCUAUACACUAUAUUACACAUAUAAUCAUGUCAAAUAUGGCACGCGAAGGUAGUUUCCAAGAUUUAGGUUGAGGGAGAUCCCACAGGAUUACAUCGUAAGUGGGAGAAUAUUUUCAUAAAUCUAUGUUUUGGAUUUUUUUUUUUUUUUUAUUGUAAAAUAUAUUAUUUAUAUACUUAUGUACUAUGAUAAAAAAAAUAUAUUUAUAUUAUGAGAUAAGCACCGUAGUUUACAGAUGUCGAAUCGAUAUUGUUCAGUCAAACAUUUUGUCAAUUUAAUAAUAAAACGUCACAUUUCUCUCAUGUAUGGCGUUCAUCGGAAGAUAAUGCAAGUGUAGUUAUAAUUUAUACUUGUAAUUUGUAUAAUUAUACAUUAAUACGUGUGAACAAAUAUAUUAUAUUACACGGCAAUGUA